AUGGCGGCUCAGUACAGGCAGAUGGAGGAGUCUCUGCGGAGGACCUCUCAGCGGUCCAGGGAGGUUCUGGAGAGAGCCAGGCGCCGGGAGGUGGACUGGGGGGCCCCACACAGACAGGAGGGGAUCCGGACGCAGGACGCUGAGGACGAUGGGGAUCCGGUCACCCUGGAGGAAUCCUUCACCGCCAUGUCACACUUCAUGCGUCACACCACACAGCUCUGCAAGGCGUAUCACAGCUGUAUACCACCCCGGGGGAUCGAUGAACAGGAAAAGCAGCACAUUGGCCGAUUUCACGUCAGAAGAUCGCAGUGGGCGGAGCAGAGGACGGGAUCACGCCCGAACUUGCCAUCCAACCCCCUACCACCGCCUGGCAAGAAGAGGACGGACCCCCGGGACAUCUACAUCGAGGUGGCCCCUGGAACGUACCGCAUAUCCGCCGGCUCUCCGGACUGUCAGGCACAGACUCAGAUUGUGAACGUCACCCCCGGGCAGAGUGUUGACUUGACUUUUCAUGUCUAG